AUGUGUCCAUCCGCUUCAGCAUCAUCAACAGACAACAAGGGCAUCACCUCCAAGGUGGUCGACGACGAAGCACACCACGGUGCUGACGCUUCUGUGAGUUGCGAAAUUCACACACUCUGCAUUCACGUUUCCAACUUUACUGCCGUUGGCCCAUUGCCAAAGAUUCCUGCACGAUUGGUGAGUGAUUUGGUCAUUGACAUAGCUGACUGA